AUGUCUGCCGACUUCUGGGCCGGAUACAUCUCCGGUGCCAUCGGCAUCGUCAUCGGCAACCCGCUCGACAUUCUCAAAGUCCGACUCCAAGCCGGUGCUUCUUCUUCCUCUGCUGCCUCAUCCUCCAUCUCAUAUUCCUCCUCUAUUUCAUCAUCAUCAUCUUCUUCCCUACCCCCACCAACCCCGAACUCAACCAUCUCACCACCAUCACCAUCAUCACCACAAGCCUCAACAGGUGGUACAACAGCAGCAGCAACAAACUGGAUCCGGCCCUUCCUGCGCGGCACCGCCGCCCCGGUCCUCGACUACGGCGCCCUCAACGCCCUGUUAUUCGUCUCCUACAACCGGACCGAGUCCGCUCUCAACCAGUUCGUUUUCGGGAUAGACCCUUCUUCUCUGCCUUCUUCACAACAAACGGGCGUCAACCUCUGGAGUACCUGGAUUGCCGGAGCCGUAGGUGGACUGGCUACUUGGGUAGUUAGCACGCCUACGGAGUUGGUCAAGUGUCGGGUUCAACUUCAGGGGCGGGGGCAGGGGCGGGGGCAGCAGGGCCAGGGGCAAGGAGUGGGAGUGGGAGUGGGAGUGGAUGGGGGGAGGAUAGGUGCUGGAAGUAGGGAGAAAGGCUCAUCAUCAUCGUGGCAAGUAACCAAGUCCAUCAUCCGCACUGAAGGGGUUAGGGGACUGUACUUUGGCGGGCUGGUGACGGCGUUGAGGGAUAGUAUUGGGUAUGGAUUUUAUUUCUGGAGUUAUGAGUUGAGUUCGAGGUGGAUGAUUGCUGCUUCUUCCUCCUCGUCAUCUUCCUCUUCCUCCUCCUCUUCUUCUUCUUCUUCUCACGAGGGUGGUGGUGGCGGCGGCGGUAUCUUCACCUCCGAAGCAGCCCGCGUCCUUCUCUGCGGUGGCCUAGCGGGCAUCGUCACUUGGUUGAGCAUCUUCCCGCUGGACGUGAUCAAGACGAGGGUUCAAACCCAAGGGACUUUUGCUUCGGGUUCGUUGGGUAUUAUCGAAACAACCUCCCAGGGGGAACAUACUGCGCUCUUGGACAGGACGACAACCACUCAGAACCAGCGGAAGCAAAGUGGAAGGCCUUUGGGAGCUUGGGAGGUGGCCAAGUUGACCUACAGAGAGGGCGGGGUCAAACCCUUCUUUAGGGGGUUGGCCGUCUGUAGUGUCAGGGCCUUCAUCGUCAACGCUGUGCAGUGGGCCAUUUAUGAGUGGAUUAUGACAGAACUUGGGCAGGGCAGAAGGGCGAAGGCUUCGGCUGCUGGUGGAGAGGCUGGAUUAUCGUUUGGAGGUGGCGAGCUUGUUGGGAUGGGUACUGCUUGA